CAUGACGCACAGCGUCACGGCUCAGAGGGUCAUGUGACCGGUGUUGCGAGGAAGCGCAGUCUGUCAGAAAAUACUCCCGAGAUGAGUCGGUCGAUUAUCAGCACAAUAUUUGCGCUUUUGAGCGUUUUAACAGGUGUUUUGGGGGAUAGUUUGACCAUUCUUCGCAGCCCGCAGUAUGUGAGUUUCCGGGAUGGACAAUGGCCCAUUUCUGGAGAAAAGAUCCCUGAUUUAGUCGCCCUGACUAUGGGCUUCUCCGUUCGAGAGGAUCUGGACUGGCCAGGUCUGUCUGCUGGUUCCCUGUUCCAGCGCCCUCGUGCAAACGCUCUGAUCGUUGUCCGUGGCGUGGACAGUAUCGACCUGCCCUCAAAUGUUUCCUCUUACCCUCUUGAAAAUCCGGUUCCAUUCACUCUGGACAGCGUGGCGAACACCGUGCACACCCUUUUUGCAGACAGCACCCCUGUAGUGUUGCAGCUCGCCCCCAGUGAGGAGAGGCUGUAUAUGAUGGGAAUGGCCAACACCGUGUUUGAGGACCUGGCCGUCACUCUGCAACAGAUUCGUGGACGUCUGUCCCAGGACGGAUCCGUGCUCACUUCCCUUCCUCUCGUCUCUCUAAGCCGUAGUAACGAGGCUGAUCUUCUCUUCCUUUCUGAGGUUCAAGUGCUGUAUGACAUCUCAGCCUUGCUGCAGAAACACAAGCAUCUGGCUAAAGACCCGGCUCCUGACCUCUACUCUCUGGAGCUGGCGGGACUGGAGGAGAUCGCCCGCCGCUACGGCACAGACUCCCCUCAGUUCCUGGAUGGCACCAGGAUCCUGGCGUCUGCCCUGCAGAAGUUCGCAGAUGACGUCUCUAGCGUCUACGGAAACAACGCAGUCGUUGAAGUCGUCACAGUGAAGACGUUUGAAGCUCCUUUGACCAGGAAGUCGCGCUCCAUCCUUGAGUCCAAACAGAUCAGUAACCCGGAUAGCCCCUACAACCUGGCGUACAAGUACAACUUUGAGUACGCCGUCAUCUUCAAUAUCAUUCUCUGGCUGAUGAUCAUUUUGGCUUUAGCCGUCAUCGUCACUUCGUACAACCUUUGGAACAUGGAUCCAGGAUAUGACAGCAUCAUCUACAGGAUGACCAAUCAGAAGAUCCGAAUGGACUAAACGCUGACGUCACCUCCCAUUCCAUGUAGUGUUGUGUGUGUGUUUGAGUGUGUGUGUUUUAUUUUUGGGUGUAUUGCUCCCAUUUGAACAUGUAUGAUGUGUGUCUGCCACAUAACUGCUCAUUGCACAACCGCUUUGUCAUUAUGUCACAAUCAAACUCACGAAUAAGGAUUAUUUAUUGACGCUUGUCAUUGGAUGGAGAAAUAAAAUCUUGAGUGUCGUAUCUUGUAGAUUUCCUUAAUAAAACAUAGUUAUAAAUCUACUGAGGAGUUCAGGUGUUCAGAUGUAAAGACUUGAAAUGUAACUAUUUAUUGAUUGUGCUGUUUUCCUUCUGAAAUACUCGUGUAUUUGCACACUUCCUGUGUACAUUUGCUAUAAAUGUCAUUUUCAUUGAAUAUAAAUAUACAGUGUAAAAUUAGAGAUACAAUAUGACUGUUUGUUGUGUACAGAUGUUGCCCGCAAUUCAUGGUAUGUUGUGGUGUUGUGUAUCUCAAAUAAAAGAAAAAACAUCAGUCACUUAAUAGAAGUUUCAAUG